GAUUUAAUUGGUUGAUUGAGCUGUCUAUUGAAGAUCUGCUCCGUGUAACGCGUGUGACCAUUGAGGCGCAUGGACCUUUUGUUCCAAUGAUAUGGAUGUAAAUUCUUAUUGCAUAUUUAAGAACCAAAUUUUGCUAUUUAUCUAAAGAUACAAACAAAAUAUAAUUAUGAAAAUAAAAUCAGCAAUAUUCCUAUGUUAGCAAAACUAUGUGGUCUUGAAUUUCUGUUUUGAAGAAAUUCAUCAGUUAGAAAACAAAUGUUCAUUUGUCAUUAAGAAAACGGUAGCAUUUCAAAUGCUUAAAGGCUGCAAUAAAUUAUGUCAUCGCAGAUGUUACAGGUCGAUAUUGGCACAUAGUUUGAAGCUAUCAUGGCGAUCUAUACCGAUUUUAACUUGACUUUAGUUUUGUAUGUCAGAAUUCGAUUAUGUUGCACUUAUUAACGCUGUCAAUGAUUCGGAUGUUUGUUCUUUAGGCUUCGUUGUAAUUUUGUACAUUUUGUCAAAGAGGGACCUCAUGCCUGGAAACACUAUAGUUUGAGAGAGACGCAACUUUGUAAUAGCCGUCAUCUAGUUGAUAGCUUCUUAAGCUUCGAUGAGGGUAUUUGAUUUUAGUGCAUUCCUUCCGAUGGACAAAUCGAAAGAAUGAUUUUUCAACAAAAUAAAAAGAUUGCCAAGGGUUCUACAUUUCUUUAUUGUCAAGUUUAUAGUGAUUAUGUCUAUGCACACAAAUUUGACAAAUGAGUUUGGUUUGUGAAAAAUGUACUUUAACGAUCUUCAAAUUUCAAGUUGUUAUUGCUUGCCAGUUUCCGCUUGAAGGCGUUUCAGCUUGAUGACGUAUAGUCAAACAAAAUUAAUUAUGCAUACAACUGUACUAGUUAAAAUGUCUCGUUUUUUCUUCAACAUAUGUGGAAAAACCAAAAAAACCUAAACGAUGUUACGAUUGGCAUAUGUAAUAAUCAUAAUUAUAACAUGCAUUGUAUUCGCCUUGACCCAAGGACAAGACAAAUCGAGGAGAAAUCCGAACAGGAAAAAAGCUGAUACGGUGUGUCUUAACUGUGAAGAGGACUCCUGUGAUAACAGUACAGGAAUAUGUGAACAAUGUUUGAAAGGAUUCUAUGGUGAGAAAUGUGAAGAUACCUGUCCAAAUACAUGUCCGUCGUGUGAGCAGUCCACUGGUAGGUGCACAUCUUGUCUAGACGGGUGGUUUGGUCCCCAUUGCUAUUUCAAAUGCGUUCUCUGCUUCUCUUGCGAAAUGAACACCGGAAAAUGCACCGCCUGUAAGCCGACCAAAUGGGGACCUAUUUGUCAACAAGACUGCGAACAGAACUGCUAUAUUUGUAAUGCAGAUAAUGGAAAAUGCGUUCAGUGUGCUCGGGAAUAUUAUGGUGAGCACUGUGAGAAGAAGUGUACAAACUGUCUCAGAGGGCGGUGUCGUCCAACAACUGGAAUCUGCCACUUUGGAUGUGAAAAGGGGUAUUACGGUAAAUUCUGCAAUUCCUCUUGUCCCAAAGAGUGUAAAGUAUGUAAUCAAAAUGAUGGAAUGUGUAUAAAAGAAAAGCUGAACAAGAAUGGAAACUCUGCAAUAAAAACAGAAAAAUCCUCAAUACAGAAACGAUUGUCGAAUGGCAAAAAACCAACAGUUAAACUUGGAAAAGCUUUAACUAAGAUAGAAUCGGUUUCUACAAAAGAGAGACCACCGACAGAUGGCAAAAAGCCGGCGGGGAAAAUGGGAAACUCACUGACAAGGAAAAAAUCGAUUUCUACAAUGAAGGAACUAUCGUCGAAUGACCAAAAACCAGUGAGCAAAAUGGGAAACUCUCUGACAAGGAAAAAUUCGAUUUCUUCUAUUGAAAGACCAUCGUCGAAUGGUAAUAAACCUACGGGCAAAAUAGGAAACUCUCCGACAAAGAAAGAAUCAAUCCUUAUAAGAGAGGGGUUAUCGUUGGAUGGCAACAAACCAGGGAGCAAAACUGGAAAAUCUCUGACGAAGAAAGAAUCCAUUCCUAAAUUGGAAAGACCAUUAAUGGAUGGUAAAAAAACAAAGGGAAAAAAUGAGAAUUUUUCAAUGAAGGAAUCAAUAUCUAAAAAGGAAAGACCAUCAUUCAGUUUCAAGACAAAUGCCGGCAAAAAUGAAAAAUUGUUAAAAAAUGGAACAAGUUCUAAACAAGAGAGACCAUCAAUGGAUGGUAAAAAACCGAAAGACAAGAAAGGAAGUCUGACAAAGAAAGAAACUUUUUCUAAAAAAGAGAUUUCUUCCUUGGAAGGCGAUAAGACAGUGGACAAUAAUGUUAAUUUGCCAGAGAGAGGAUCAAUUUCUCCAGAACAAAAGACUGCAGGAACACGAAUAGUAUCUAAUCCAUUCUCCUGAACAAUUUUUUUCACAUCCAUCAAGUAUAUUUCAGACAGAAAAACCGACAAAUCAAUAGAAGGAGUGAGUGAACAAAAAGGAUGAGCCAUAUCUCAUAUACCAAAAAUAUUAUGGUCGCGCUUGAUUUGUCUGCAUUGUUGUACACCCGGUGUAGUCGGUGCACAACUUAUAAUCAAGUGCUAUUCGGUGUAGUUUAGUAUAUUCAAUAUGGACAUUCAGUAGCUGAGGAGAUCCUCAAGGUAGAAUAAAUGAAUUUAAUGCAAAUAAAUCACAAAUCAAAUAAUUUCUAGAAUUUCACAUUUUUUUCUUUUACAAAAAUAUAUCUAAAUGUGCAUUUAUAAGUACCUACAGACAUCCGAAAAAUACCAGGGCAUACUCCAAAAUAUUGGAUGGUUUUUUUUGACACCGAACUUUUUUUUUUUUUUUUUGGUAGUUGUACGAAAUAUCAAUCGUUUUCAUUUAUUCUUUAAAAUAUAUUCUAAGCCCUUGUAAAUAACUACAUACAAUACACUGGGAUUAUUCUCUUAUAUACUUUACAACCAAUAGCACACGGAGGGAAACAUCUGCACAUUUUCCGUCUCACUAUUUGUCAGCCAUAUUUAAGUUUUCGGUGCAUUUACCAACACAUGCCCUGUACAGGGUGUAGAGGGUGUACAACAAAAAGUGUACACCAUUUUCCAUGAUUACAGAAUGGUGUACACUUUGUGGUCGGCGUAGACAAAUCAGGCGCGCUCUGUGAAACAGAAGCAUAUCCAAAUGUACAUAUCCAACUUAAAGGGAUGAAAUAAUUGAACGGAAUGGAAAAUAAGAAAACGUAAUUCUGACAGUGAAGUUUGAUAAAAAAAAAAAAAAAAAGAAAAAAAAAAAAGUAGUUUUAAACACGAUAUAUCGGGAUUUAAAGUAGUAUGAAACUUACUGAAAAUUUAAUAUAUAUAAGUAAUUCUAAAGGUAUUCAAUACGUAAAGAAAGGAGACAGUGGAAUUUUGAAUGUUAUGAAUUAAGGAAAAUGUUUAUUGUUAAAUAAUGAUGAAAGCGAAAUGCAUAUAAUUCACAUGACUGGUAAAUAAUAAAAAGUCGAUUGCUUUGCACUUGCAACUUUUUGGAAGAGUUAUCCGCCUUGAUAAAAAAAAUAUCGGAAAAUAUUUGCAGUAAAUGAUCAAUUUUAUUGCAUGCUUUAUAAAGAGAUAGGUUAUCUAAAUUUUUAUCAACGGUUAUCUAUGAAAAUAUUCUCUUUUAAAAAUAUUUAAUAAACAUGAUCUUUCUAUAGACUAAGUCAAUCCAAUGUAAAAAUUUCAGUGAAAUAAAUCAAGCAGUGAUCAAAAUUUUGUAAAUUCCUUUGGGGUAUUAUUUUUAUUUUAUAAAUCCCUGAAAAUGAUCCCAUGAUUACAAAAAAGCACGCACAUGUAUGUGCAACAAUGGAUUGAAUUUUUGACUAGUCGUCUUGUGUAAUAUUUUUGCAAUUUCACCGAUGGUAAAUAAAGACUGACUAUGAU